GGUCAUGCAAUCGAGGGCCUAAGAGGCUCAGAUACUGCCAUGUACGUGGGCACCAUGACGGCCGACUACAACGACACAUUCAUCCGGGAUCACAAUACGAUGCCGAACUACUACGCGACCGGCACGAGUCGGGCCAUCAUUUCGAAUCGGGUAUCCUAUUUCUUCGACUGGCACGGAGUUAGCCAGACUAUCGAUACGGCCUGUUCUUCCAGUCUGAUUGCGCUACAUCAAGGCGUGAAGGCGUUGAGAAGCGGCGAAUCACGCGUUGUUGUGGCGUGCGGCACCCAGAUGCUCCUGGGUCCGGAAAUGUACGUAGGCGAGAGCACGCUGAAGAUGCUUUCGCUCGACACUCGAUCUGCUAUGUGGGGUGCGAGUGCGAAUGGCUACGCCCGCGGCGAGGGUGUGGCGGCCGUCGUGGUAAAGCGGCUGAGCGAUGCUAUCGCCGAUGGAGAUCAUAUCGAGUGUAUCGUCCACGAGACCGGUGCCAACCAGGAUGGAUUUUCGAAUGGAAUUACUGUCCCCAAUAGCGAAGCCCAGGCAUUGCUCAUUCGGCAGACGUAUGCGAGAGCCGGCUUUGACCUUGAAAACGUACCUCACGAUCGACCGCAGUUUUCGAGGCCCACGGCACAGGCACACAGGCGGGGGAUCCAAAAGAAGCGGCCGCCAUCUAUCAAUGCUUCCGGCGCCAUAUGCAGGGCUCGGCCACGUCUCUGUACGUCAGCUCAGUAA